AUGGUGAAAACUAAUUGUUGUUACAGUCUUGCAUAUGCAAAAGGCCUCCUACUACUAUUAGUGGCUACAUACUUCCAAACAUCAUAUUGCCUAGCCUUAAAUUCGACGACGGAUCAAUCGACUCUUCUCGUCUUGAAAUCUCACAUCGUUUCCGAUCCAUAUCAAAUACUUUCCGAAAAUUGGACCGAUUCAAGCUCCCCGUGCAGCUGGAUUGGCGUCACAUGCGGCUCACGCCGCCACCGCGACAGAGUCACUGCACUGGAUAUUUCCGGCAUGAGCCUCUCCGGCACCAUUCCACCGCAAAUAGGAAACCUCUCAUUCCUCGUGUCACUCAAUCUCGGUGACAACCUUUUCAGCGGUGUUAUUCCUCAACAACUAUCCUCCCUCCGGAGAUUGAAGUUUCUCUCUCUACAAAACAACGGUUUCACGGGUUUCGUCCCGAAUUCUCUCUCUAACCUUUCGAAUAUACAAGUAGUAGAUUUAUCUACCAAUUAUCUGAAAGGGAAUAUCCCACGAGAUUUGGGGAAGCUUCAAAAUCUGCAGGCUUUGGCCAUCCAAGACAAUCAUCUCUCGGGCGAUAUACCGUCAACAGUAUUUAACCUCUCCAACUUGGAAAUCUUGGCUUUCAUGGGGAACGAAUUGAGUGGCGGUCUACCGAGCGACAUGUGCGUCAAACUUCCACUUCUUCGAGGAAUUUACCUAUCUCAAAAUAAGUUGACCGGCGAAAUCCCGUCAACACUAUCUCAAUGUUCGCAACUUCGAACCGUAUAUUUGACUUCCAACUCCAUUAGUGGACAUAUACCAAAGGAAAUCGGCAAGUUGAAAUUUCUUCGAAACGUAGCUCUCGGAGGUAACAAUUUAAACGGCGUUAUCCCGGAGGGGAUCGGCAAUCUUCAAAACCUGGUCGUGUUCGGAAUUGAAAGAAAUAGUAUCACUGGUGCAUUGCCCCUUGGAGGUUUGCCGCGGGAAUUCGGGAAACUUCACCAAUUGGAAGAACUAUUAUUACAGUUCAACACCCUCGCUGGUUUAAUUCCAUCGGAGCUCUUCAACAUGACGAAUCUCCGAAUCCUCGCACUCGGAGCCAACGGUUUUUUCGGCGAUCUUCCGACUAAUUUAUGUUCCUCGUUACCCGCUCUCGAACAACUCUACCUCAGUUUAGGUUACCUGACCGGACCGAUUCCCGAAUCGGUCGGUAAUUGUUCGAAACUCAAAAAUCUAGAACUCAAUUCCAACAAAUUCACCGGCAUUGUUCCUCAAUCCCUCGGCAACCUAAGACUCCUCGAAACCCUCGGCCUCUUCGACAAUAAUCUCACGACCGAAUCGUUUUCGUCGGAAUUGAGCUUCAUUUCUUCCCUGACGAAUUGCAGAUCUUUAAAUCGUCUUGCGUUUGGGGAUAAUCCACUUGACGGCGUCAUUCCACCUUCCGUCGGGAAUUUAUCGUCCUCGUUGCGAAUGCUCCACGCCUCCAAUUGUAAAAUCAAGGGUGUUUUUCCGACAGAAAUCGGCAAUUUAAGCAACCUUGUGAUUGUUUCUCUAGGCGGAAACGAGUUGUCCGGUAAUAUCCCAAUUACUGUCGGAAAUCUGCAUAAGCUUCAAGGUUUGUACCUAUCGAGAAACAACAUAAGAGGUUCCAUUACAGGGGGUCUCUGUGAUCUACAGAGCUUGUUUGAGUUAUAUUUAAGCCGAAAUGAAUUGUCGGGUCGAAUACCCGAGUGUCUGGGAAACCUCACAUCACUACGAAGUCUCGUUCUACACUCCAACAUGCUGACUUCGAGCAUACCGUCAAGUGUAUGGCGCAACAAAGAUUUGUUGGAACUAGACUUGUCGUCCAAUUUCUUGAGUGGUUCUUUACCUCCAGAAAUAGGUAAUUUAGUGAAAGCAACUUUGAUUGAUCUAACGAUGAAUCGGUUGUCGAAUUCUAUCCCAACCACGGUAGGGAAUUUAAUAUCUCUGACCGAUCUAUCUUUCGCGCAUAAUGGACUCGAAGGUUCGAUUCCAAUAUCUAUGGGGAGCAUGGCGAGUUUGGUGAAUCUAGACUUGUCUUAUAAUAACUUGUCCGGUUCAAUCCCGAAGUCGUUGGAGGCGCUUCAAUACCUCGACUACUUUAAUAUCUCUUUCAAUGCUUUCAGAGGAGAAAUCCCCACCGGCGGUCGUUUCGGUAACUUCACUAUGGAGUCUUUUAAGGGUAACAAGGGAUUGUGUGGAAUUCCAAGGUUUCGUCUACCACUUUGCCGUAGUAUUUCUAAAAACAAUUCGAGGAUGAAAAGAGCACGUUUUGCGUUAUUUAUUCUCUCCGGGGUUGUUGUAUUUGUCAUGCUCGUCUCUUUGGCCUUCAUCCUCUUUGUAAGAUACAGAAGAAAAGGUAGGGCGGUUACUGGAAUUGACGGGACCGUGGCCAUUGUACCGCAGAGGAUUUCUUAUUAUGAACUGUUACAAGCGACCGAGCGGUUCAAUGAAACGAAUUUGCUCGGGGUGGGGAGUUUCGGUUCUGUUUACAAAGGUGUGUUAAGAGAUGGGAAAGUUUUGGCUGUAAAGGUGUUCAAUUUGAUGUCGUCAGAAGCUGCUUCGAAGAGCUUUGAAGUGGAAUGUGAGGUACUGCGUAACAUUCGUCACUGAAAUCUCGUAAAAGUUGUUAGCAGCUGCGCCAACGAGGAUUUCAAGGCGUUGGUACUUGAAUAUAUGCCGAAAGGAAACCUUGACAAAUGGUUGUAUUCUCACAACUAUGCCUUGGAUUUAACGCAAAGAUUGAAUAUAAAUUAUCGACGUUGCAUCUGCAUUGGAAUAUCUCCACCAUGGCUAUUUGACACCUAUCGUGCACUGCGAUCUCAAGCCCAACAAUGUGUUGUUAGAUGAAGAGAUGGUUGCCCGUGUUUGCGAUUUCGGGAUUGCAAAAUUAUUGGGAGAUGGCGAGAGCACGGUGCACACCGACACCCUGGCAACUAUGGGUUACAUCGCACCGGAGUACGGUUCGGAAGGGCUAGUUUCGACGAAAUGUGAUGUAUAUAGUUACGGAGUGAUGGUGAUGGAAACAUUCACAAGGAAGAAGCCGAGUGAUGAUAUGUUUGUCAGGGGUUUGAGCUUGAAGAGUUGGGUUCAAAACUCGGUUGUUCGCGAGUCGUCGAGCGAAGUUAUAGAUCCCAACUUAUUAAAUCCCGAGAAUCAACACUUUGAGAAACAGUUGCAAUGUGUGUCUCUUAUACUGGAGUUGGCUUUGAAGUGCUCGGCGGAAUCUCCCGGGGAUAGAAUAAACAUGAAAGAAGCCGUAGCGGAGUUAAAAAAAAUCAAAGGUCGAUUUUCCCGUAUAAUGCCGUUUAACGAUGCGUAAUCUUAAAUCUUGUCCUGAUGCAAGCUUCAAACAUUGUAAGCUGAUUAUUUGUCUGCAAUAAACUUUGUAAUAAGAAUAUAGGGUAUGAACUCAUUAAGAAUGUACUCAUAUUUUACAAGUGGUUUUGUAUAAAUUCACAUAGUUUUUAUUUUAUUUUAAUUUGCAAGUCCUAUAGUUUAUGAUUAAAUUGAAAUUUAGUGAAUUAUUGGGGCAACUCAUAGGGGUAGGAGGAGUAAUUAAUUCCUUCAACCCCCACCACCUUAACAUAAAUUCGAUUUGUCUACU